AUGGUGUUUCCACAAGGGCCAUUUUUAGCCAUUGCAACGGCUCUGUACAGUUUUAUAUCUUUUGGUGGAUUCAUUGGAAAUUUGUUGAUUAUCGUAACGAUCCUUCGCUGGAAAGAAAUGCGAACUCCGUGUAAUUUUUUAAUUAUGAACAUCGCCAUUGCCGAUCUCGCUGUUGCCUUUGUAGCAGCGCCUUUGCGCAUUUUGGAAAUUUAUUAUCACUGGCCUUUUGGAGAGUUUAUGUGCAAGUUUUUGACCCCACUUCAGGAUGUGUUUGUUUGUGUUUCCGUUGUUACUCACACGACCAUAGCUUUGGAGAGAUACAGAGCAAUUGUGAAACCCAUGAUGAAAAAAAUAACAUUGACUGUUACUAGAGCCGUGAUUUGUGUCACUUGGUUUAGCUGUUAUUUCGCCACAGCUCUACCCAUUGCAGUCAUCUCUGGCAUACAACCGUACAACGGUAAAAUGUUCUGCGUAAUCAACUUUCCGUCGACAACAUUUCGUCAAUUCUUUCAAGUCUACCUGGUUGUCGUUUUCAUUGUUUUGCCUAUAAGCGUUCAAAUCUGGGCGUAUGUUUGCAUGGGCCAAAAAGUAAGCGAAAAUAUUUUUCUCCGUUUCGCGGCUCAGGAAAGCAAAGGUGAUGCACUCGAAGAUGACAAUCAUAAAACUGACCAGGUGAAAAAUAUUCCACAUGAUCGACGAGAAACUCUUCGAUGGCAAAAGAGAUCCUUCGACCUGGCUCGCGAUAAACGAAGAAACAGUCUUGUUAGGACCCUCAUCAUACUGGUUGUUGUUUUUCAAGUUUGUUAUAUUCCGCGUGGGAUAUUGAUGACGAUACGAGAAUUUAGUGAUCUCUCUAAUAGUCGGGUAUUCAUGUACAUGGAUGUGUUUGCAUUGAUACUAUAUUAUAUGAAGCAUGUCCUCAAUCCGUUGAUUAUAUUUGCCAGUAGCAGCGAUUUUAGAUCGCAUUUGAGAAAAACAUGA